CGUCUCUGCAACGUCUCUCGUCACCUCGCCGCUAAUACUCUCUCUCUCUCUCUCUCUCUCCGAGCAAAACCGCAUCGCCGCCGAUGGCGUCUCUGGUCUCCCGCCUCCCGAGCUGCAAUCGCCCUCGCGGCGACGAUCUUCUCCCCGCAAUCGCCGCCGCGGCUCCAAUCGCCUGCCCCACCAGCUCGCGCUCGCGCUUCACUUCGAACCGUCCGGUCAAUCUCAUCGCCUCCGUCGCGAACCGGUCCGGGCCUCGCGUCCGCAAUCCUAAGAGCAGCGAAGAGGACGAAGCUUCCGUCCAAGAGCUCAGGAUCCCCGACCAUUGGUUGCACCCUCCCAAGGCCCUGGAGGAAUCGGAAUGGCUCAGAGUUUCUCUGCACAAAUGGCUGGACGACGAGUACUGCCCGGAGGAGACUAAUGUCAAGAUCAGCCAGGUUGCCGCGAGCUCGUACUACAGUUCCUUGUUGGAGAAGCGAACCGACCUGGGCGACAUCCUGUUGAGCAUGGCUAGAGAAUUGGAGUCCAUCUCCUACCAGGAGAGCUUUCAUGGGGCAUUCUCGUCGGCGAACGCGGCGAUCGAUCUGAUAUGUCGGCGGAUAGAGCAGUCGUAGCGGAACUCACAUCAUGAUGAAGAAGAAGUAGAAGAAGAAGAAGAAGCAGAAGAAGAA